GAGCCUGCGGACUCGCGGAGUCGCCGGAAGCGGAAGUUGCUAAGGGGUUGGCGAGUUGUUGGGAAAGUGUCCGGUUAUCUUCUAGCUUCUUGAGCCGGCUGCUGCCUGGGCGGGCCAAGGGAGACAGACCUCGCCAUCCCCGCCGAGUCGGCUGGAGCCGGCUCCCGGCCCCGAACGUUCACCCGAGGGGCGUGGUACUCCGGUGCUCCGACCCCUUCCGCAGGGUCCUUGUGACUCCUUGGCUCCCGAGAGUCCUCGUCCCCGGUCCCUUCGUGGAGCGAGACUGCGUCCGGCUUCCCCUUGUCGCCGCAGACCCCCGCCAUGGGCAACACGAGCAGUGAGCGCGCCGCGCUGGAGCGGCACGGUGGCCAUAAGACGCCCCGGAGGGACAGCUCGGGGGGCGCCAAGGACGGGGACAGGCCCAAGAUCCUGAUGGACAGCCCCGAAGACGCCGACCUCUUCCACUCCGAGGAAAUCAAGGCUCCAGAGAAGGAGGAAUUCUUGGCCUGGCAGCAUGAUCUGGAAGUGAAUGAUAAAGCUCCCGCCCAGGCUCGGCCAACUGUUUUUCGAUGGACCGGGGGUGGAAAGGAAGUUUACUUAUCAGGAUCCUUCAACAACUGGAGUAAACUUCCCCUUACGAGAAGCCACAAUAACUUUGUAGCCAUCCUGGAUCUGCCUGAAGGAGAACACCAGUACAAGUUCUUUGUGGAUGGCCAGUGGACUCAUGAUCCUUCUGAGCCAGUAGUAACCAGCCAGCUUGGCACAGUUAACAACGUCAUCCAAGUGAAGAAAACUGACUUUGAAGUAUUUGAUGCUUUAAUGGUGGAUUCACAAAAGUGCUCCGACGUGUCUGAGCUGUCCAGCUCCCCGCCAGGACCCUACCAUCAGGAGCCCUAUGUCUAGAGCGGUUUAAAGCACCGCCCAUUCUCCCUCCACAUCUGCUCCAGGUCAUCCUGAACAAGGACACGGGGAUUUCCUGUGAUCCAGCGUUGCUCCCUGAGCCCAAUCACGUCAUGCUGAACCACCUCUAUGCACUUUCUAUCAAGGAUGGAGUGAUGGUACUCAGUGCAACCCACCGGUACAAGAAAAAAUAUGUCACCACCUUGUUAUACAAGCCCAUAUGAAGAGCCGGGAGCCGCUGGGGGUCAGGGACAAUUUGCACCGCCAGGCUCCACGCGUGCAUGCUUCCUGCAGAGGGAAUGGACUGUAAAUUUCUCAUUUCACACCCUUGAUAAGACAUUUCAUACCUGCCCUCGUCCUGCGUGAAGGUUUGUCUAGGCAUGGCAGCUCCUGAAGAGCCUCGGUCUGUAAAGUCCUCUUAGUACCCGUAGCCAUGAGCCUCGGGGCUCAUCACAGCCGAGAAAGGAGCAAAGGGAAGCAGGGGAAAGCGGGGGUAGGGGGGCUGCAGCCUCUGCCCCACAGCGCGUGAGGACGGGUGCCGUUGCAACCGCCCAUCCUCUCCAUGGUUGUGGAGAUUCUUCUUAAGCCAAAAAGAAAAGAUCUAGGAAGCAGAGACUGAGGCCAGUUUGUGAUUAUGCAUUUUAAGGCCACUGUCUUGUCUAGAUUGAGGCCUGGCUGUGGAGCUAAGAGUAAACACAGCACUGGUCUUGCCUAUCCUGUAAAAUCAAAGCAAUAGAUUGUCUCCCUUUCUCGCUCCAGGGAGGUAGAAUUUCCGUAGACAUUAGAAGCCAUCUGAUUUCCAGAUGAAGUUUUACAAUUGUUUCUUAAACUUACGUGCACUAAAUACUUUUUUUAACCAGAGGCAGCUGGCACCGCCUUAAGGUAAUUUUUACAUCUCCACAACUAGCAUAUAGAUCACGUGAACUGCUAAGCAAUAAUCUGUUCCCAGAACAGACUUUUAAACCUGCUGCCAGAUUUCUCCACGAAGCUGGAUGAUCCUGAGGGCCAACCACUGCUGCUGGAAGGUGGCCCAGGUUUUUAUUCUAAUCCCAGUGAGGCGAUAGUGUGACCCUGAAAACUUGGGAGGAGCACCCCAUCCCUCCUUUUGGUUACAGCCUGGGCCACCCUGCUUAGUACCUCUGCCCCUAGUGAGCAAGGAGGGCUGUAGCCGUGGAAGUGACUGCGGCCCUGACAACAGCCUUCUGAACAUCCUUUGGACCAAAGCAGACCUCUUGAUGCCCAGCUCGGUUUCACAGAUGUGCGCAUUAGCCCAGGUUCCUGUCACCCAUUCAGCAGCAGCUGUUGUUAUGCCCUUCGUUCCUGCUGGGAGAGGGAGGAACGAGCUCCCUGGUUUCCAGUGUUUAUUUGGUAACCUGAGUUCAUUGUUUUCAAAACACUGAAUUACUGUCGCCUUGACAAACACGUUUCAAUAAAGCUUUGUAAGGAUAAUCGGA